AAAAGUUGGUUUGUUUGCAUAGCGUUUCAUCCAUAUAUGUCAAUUAAAUUAAGGUUAAGGUUUCAUUUCAUAUUUGCUGUUGGACUCACCGGCCCGAGCCCGACCGGACCGCGCCGGUGGAAUCCAAACUCACGGAGCGCGCACCCAUUAAUUUCAGGCCACUUUCUUCUCCUAGAACCCUCUCCUCUUCGCUCACAUCCCCAAACCCCCCAACACCCCACCGGCGACGGCGACGGCGCCAGGCGAUUCUCAUGGCGCUGUCGACGCUGCGCCUACCGGCGGCGUUCGCAUCACCGGCCCUGCUACGUCCCCGCCACACCGCCAUCGCCGCUUCGGGCUCCCUACCCCGCCCCGUCGCCGCCGCCAUCCCUCGCACGCCAGCACCCCGCGGACGCCGCCCCCACGCGCGCCGCCUGCCGCCACCGCAGGCUGCGAACCCCGGCCACCCGCGUACCGCCCCGACCACGCGCCUCUCGACCGUGUCCCAGCCACGGCGCCUCAAGGCCGCCGGGUUUCUGGCGCGCUGUCACAAGGCCUUCCUCCCGCGGGCAUCAGAUGCUGCGCUGCCGCCCCGCCGUCCAAUUCCACCGCACGCUGCUGAGCCCGACCAGCCCGCGGAGACCAAGGGGCCUAAGGCGCGGAGGGCUCGUUUGUGGCGGCGUGCGGCAGAUGCGGUCUCGGCCAAGUCCUCGCCCGCCACACACACCUCCCUCGUUGUUUUGUUUUGCUUUAUCAGGAGUCCUGGGUUCGAGGUUAUGAUCAAGGGCCUGCAAACUCGUUUCAAGCUUCCUCCCAAGCUAACCCUCAACAUCAUCCUUGGAGCCUCUGUGAUGUCGUUUCUUUAUGAUUUGGCUAUGGGAGGCAAGGACUUGGAGGACAUCUCUGAGUAUGUGAGGAGCCUUGAGAAACAGGAUACAGCCAGUGGUGAUGGGCAGGAUAACUAGUGCAGCUCUCAGACUGUUCUAAAGGUUACAUAAGCCUCGCCGUCUCGGACCUUUGCCAACAGAUGGUGGAUUUAAUUGUUCAAGCAAAUCUCUUGUGCAGUAAGGAUAGCGGAGUUAGACUACAGUUCACAGUAAAUGGUAGCUUCCAAGGAUACAUGGUAUUGGUUAUAGCAACGGUGACUUGACAGAAAUUUGUGAAUGUCUUCAUCAGGAAUAGUGGUAACACCUGUCGCUGUCUGAGAUUUUGUGCAAAACUUACAAAGAUAGCAAUGAGAAACCUGUGAAAUCGUGUUCUGUCUCCAACUGAAAAUAUCUGGCAUGAGAACGAGUUUA